AUGGCCUGGGCAAUGGAUGGCACUCUCGACGCCGCACAGCUCUGGGCCCUCGAUGGUUACAAGGGCCUCCCACGUGUCGAGCUGGACUACCCCGUCGUGAGCAUGGACGAACCCGAUGCCAUCUGCUUCGUGGUGUGCGAGGAUCAUCAUGAAAAACAUGGUGACGAGACGACGUGGCGGAUCAUGGUCGAUAUGAAGAGCAAGACGCUUGGAUCGGUCUUUCGCUACCCUGACCCCAAGGAACGGAGGUGCAAUAGUUGGAAACAUCUCGUUCCCAGCAGGGUCUCCAAAUACUUCAACUCUAAACCAAGCAGCGGCCAGACACCAGGUCCAGCUGCACAAGCAGAAGCUAUGCAAAACUUGAUGAGCUCAAGGAUUAACAAUAAGCUGCAAGCAAUGGACACCAUGCAGGCAGCUUCACUGGAGGUGGCGACCUUGGCCGCGCUUCAAGAGAUACCUGGCUUGGAUCGUGAUGAUAUGCUGAAGGCCUAUCUCAUUCUUAUCUUACCCACGACGAUAGUGGCCGCCGGUUCAGAUCCCUUAUGGGGCUGCCAAUGGAUUUGA